CCUGGCCUGGGACAGUUGAGAGGAGAUGGUGAGAGCCUCGGGGACUCUUCCCCACAGACGAAAUGGUGAGGAGCAAGUUAAACUCCUCCAGGAAUCACGCGGACCUGCCCCGGCCUACCUGUGUUCAGGACAGCAGGCAGGACACUGUGUGAGGACAGCCACGCAGCGAGAGGGACAAGAGAUGAUGGCGUCUACAGUGGAGGGACAGACAUGUGUCCACACCUCCGGGAGCUGGAGGGAGGUCCAGAGCAGGGUCUCCUCCGUGACCCUCACCGGGAAGCAGCCCCCUGGACCUCGACCCCCACUCUGGCUUCUGAACUGCAAGUGGGGGCUUUCUGUGGUCUCGGGCCUCCAGGAGGGAUGCCUCAUCACUGGCCGGGGAAGCAGCACGCUGCACUAUCGCGUGGGCAGUGGGCCACAUCGUGGGCAGAGAUCAUUGGUCGACGUGUCACUGGACUCCCUUCACGGGCACAGCCACGUCGCCCAUCUCUGCUGCCCAGAGCGCCCUGGGCCAUUGGUUGUGUUGAAUGCGUCCUCGGUGUUGGCCCGUGUCAGCACCGUCAUACUCGCACACCUUCCUAGAGUGGGCCCCAACCCAGGCUGCGUCACCCGCAGGCAGUCCAGGGCCUUCAGAGCAACCCUACGGCUACAGACCUCCUGCUGUCUGAGGCCUCCCGCACCUGGAAUCCUUGCCGGGGUUUGGAACCCUGCCUCGCUAUGGAAGAUGCAGGCGCUGACACGCUUCCCCAGCCAUCGCCAAUGGGUGUGCAUCGGGUGGCUGGGAGAUGGCAUGGAUGGCAAGGCACCUUCCUUCAGGCAGGGCUGGGGGGCUGGGGCACGGUCAGCCGGUGGCCUGGCCUGUGUGUGUGGCUCCGAUGAGGCUGGUGGCAGGGCCUCCCCGUCAGACCCAAAGUGUCCUCAGAGCCUCAUUCCUGCCCAGUAACCCUAGCGCUACUCCCCACCCAUGCUGCCUCCGG